AUGACACCAUUCGAGGUUCCGGUCAGCGCCUCGGCUUCCGACGUAAGCGUGUCUGGAAGAGGUAUUGCCAGAGCGACCUCGUCUCAUCUAAGGCCCGAAGAUGCCUUCUUGAACCACUCUCCGCCCCACCGAUCGACCAGCAAGAAUGCGCCGCCCGACGACAGGCGCAAAAGGGACAGUCGCGGCAGCCGUAAUGCCAGCCGGAGGAGACCACGCACAUGGAAGAAGCUGCUCUGGGUGAAGCAAGCAUAUCCCGAUAACUAUACCGAUGAAGAGACCUUCUUGGACCAUCUCCAACGCAAUCCGCGCCUUCGACCCUAUGACUUCUGGCCGCUUGUAUCAGACUCUACUGUCAUCGUGCAACACAUCGGUUCCGUCAUUAUUUUCGCCUGCUGCUUUGUCGGCAUUGAGAAAGAGCGUGUAUCACCUGUAUCUGUCGUGAGCUGGGCCACUUUCGGAACCGUCUUGGGAUGGGUCGCUCGUGAUUACUGGGUAGGCCAGGAAGAGGCUGUACAGGCUGCUCGCGCUGCCCUUGCUGAGGCCACUGCCUCGUCCAAAGCUGUCGUAGACAGUCAGCGCCUGCAACAUGGUCCCUUGAGUCCUACGGAUCCCAAUGCCAUCAUGUCAGACAACGGUAAGCUUGGCCUAGGUAUCUCGAGUGUCGCCGUAUCGCGGCCGUUGUCUGUUGUUUCAGCGGCAGAGAGCUCAGCAUCACCGACGCCUACUACUAGUCAUCCUAAUGGUGCCGCUACGUUCGCAAGUUACAGCUACUAUCCGCCCUUCGAGAGUCAAACCUCUUCGCUCUCGCCUCGUAACCAGGAGAGAUUAGCAACUGCCAAGUCUGCAAUCUUGAUCUAUUGUGCAUUGCUGGGUUUGAGCCCGAUCUUGAAAUCUUUGACCUUGUCGACAUCUUCUGAUUCUAUCUGGGCUAUGAGUACCUGGCUUUUGAUCAUCAACAUCUUCACCUUUGACUAUGGUGCUGGUGUUGAAGCGAAAUUUCCCGCUUCUCUGUCAACGAAUGCUGCUCUCAUGGCCUCUACAGUCCUGGCCUCGCGGCUGAAAUACACAAACGAAGUCUUUAGCUUAACACUCUUCAGCAUCGAAGUGUUUGGGUUGUUCCCAGUUUUCAGACGACAUGUUCGACACGCAUCUUGGACUGGACAUUUGACCUUGACUGCAUUGAUCGUCCUUGGCGCUGGGGGCGGACUCUGCGUCACUAUCACAGGGGGAGGUUGGAAAGCUGGAGUCGGUGGUGCCGUUCUCGGUGGUAUCCUCACGUGUCUUGCCAUGGGCAUCACCAGCUGGUGGCUCAUCGGCUUACAGAGAUACAAGAACGAGAUUCACGGGCCUUGGGAUCCAGCACGUCCAAUAAUAAGACGACACUGGGAUUGA